GAUAUUACUUCUUUGCAUUUACUGUGGUUCAUCAGGAUGUCACAAGGCGUGCAUGAGCCAAAGUUUAAGUUCCGAAGAAAAUUCAAAAUAUAAAUGUACCAUGUGCCUAUCGAAUGCUUUACAACAACAUAACAUUUCUUUAUCGAUGCAACUGCCACCAAUAAAAUGCAAGAAUAAAUCUUUGAAUAAGAAAUGUUCUAAUUAUGGAAGUUGUAAAACCGUUGAGGCGAAGCAAGUCACAGAGGGGAUAAUGGUAGUUGCCGAUGCACCUGGUAAAGCAGUUGAUGUGUUGGAUAAUGUUGUUGAUAAUGGAGUGAGAGCAAUGUCAAGCUCCUCAGAUAAUUCAAAGAAGACUAAUGAUGCAAAAGAUACGAAUAGUCUGAGUAAUUCACUGAAUCAUUAUGCAAGUACAAGCCGACAAGAUAUAAGUAGUUUGAUGCAUAUUGCACUGAGUCAUGGUGCUGAUACAAGCGAGAAACAUCCGAUACACACUUUAUCGAGAAUGAAAAUUAAUCAAACUAAUUUAUUAACUUCUCAAAUAUUUGAAAAUAUAAACAAUACAACUUCUAUGCAAGGAUUGAUCAAUAGCAAAGAAAACAGUUCGUUGAAUGAAAAUAAUUUAUCAGAAAUAACUCCUUCAUCUAGUACAAGAAUUAUAGUUAGUCAAUCUGAUAGUUCUACAAAUGAAUGCUUGAAGCAACUAACAAGAGAGUACCAGAACACUGACAAUACCUUGAAAGAAUUGAAAAGACAAAGGGAACAUAAAGAUCUGCCGAAUCGUUCAUUGUUUCUCUCAAAAAAUUCUGUGUUAUUUACAGCUGAAAAUGUUAGAGAUUGGCAUCCGGCUAAUCGUCUGAGCUAUGUUAGGGCUUCCAGUUAUGCUCUAAACAUACGCACUUCAUCAGAAAAUAAACAUAGUUUUGACAUGAAUCAGAAACGAAACUAUAAGGUUCCUACAUGGAAAGAGUCAGUUGAGGAAAUUAGAAAGAACGUUGUAAAUAAAAUCAAUAAUGUCGUGACAAUGGAAAGUAUGAUUUAUCAUAAUUUAGAGCAACCAGAGAAUGACAUGGAGAGUUCAAUAAAUACUUUGAAUAGUAGAACGGAUGCAAUUAUCAAAACAAAGCCGGUAGAUCAAAUUGCAAUUGCAAAGUCUGUAUCUGAACAAGCUUUGUCUGCACCAUGUGUACGCCAGAAUAAUUGUUUAUCUGAAACCACCAAGUCAUCUUUUGACCAACUAAUAGAAGUAGAAAAAAUAUGCGAUUAUCGUUCGUCUGAUAAUAUUUAUGAUUAUUCAUCACAAAGACAGCAAAUUAAUAAUAUAUUUGAUUCAGAAAAAGAAGCUAAAUUGCGACAACUUGAUGCUCAUCUUGUACAGCCACCAGCAAAUAAAAAACGUAAGAUUUUAAACAAAUUAAUAACCAAUACCGGUGAGGUUGUCAGUUUCGAAGAUGCUCCAACCCAAAUAAUUCAUCGGAAAAUUGAACCAAUCGAAAUUUUGGAUGUCAAAUUAAUUGAGAGUUGCGCACCGUCUAAUUUAAAAUUAGAGAAUUGCAUGGAGAAAGUUGGGUAUAAACGUACGAGUUUUAAUAAAAAUGAUACUAAAACUAAUACACCAGGAAUUGUUAGUUGUGUUUCACAUCAGGAAGUGUUUCUAAAUUAUAGCCCGGAAAUAUCCCCUAAACCUAUUUUGCUUUAUGAUUUGAUACCUGGUGAGCUCGCUAAUCCAAUACAGUUUGAUCAAAGACACGAGUCAAAAGAAACCAUUGCAAAUGAAAAAUCUGCAAAACGUCAAAGUUCAGGUAAACUCGAAAGUCUAAGAAAGAAUGUACAAAAAGAACCAAAACUCUCUGCAUCUGUUUUGACAAAUAACAAAAUACAAUCAUCUACACUUACUCAACGAAUAAAAACUUCUAUACCAUUGCCUGGUAGACACACUUCCCAACAUGGCGAACAAAUUGUUGAGAAUGCACUACUAGAUGUAACUCCUCAACCGAAUCAAAAUGUAGCAGUUCCCAUAAAUUGUGAUGAUUCUCAUACAUCUACUCAACAAAUAAACUCUUAUGCAAGAUUAAAACACAAACACACUUCACAAAGCGAUGAACAAAUUGUUGAAAAAUAUUCUCAGUUGAAUAAAAUAGUAAUGAUUCCCGUAAAUCGUGAUGCGGUGUAUGAUGAGCAUUUUUCUCAAGAGGCUGGACCUUCAAAAGCCAAAGCAAUUUAUACAAGUUCUAGCAUCUCUCCUGACUUAUUCAAAAAUGAAAUAAAAGUUCCCGCGUAUAAGAAAAUAUUUAAAGACAGACCCAAAAAUAAAAGUGAUUCAAAUGAUAUUUUUAAACAAGGCAACAAGAUUUUCCGCAAGAAAGAUAAGACCAAUGUGUCAAUCAUAACACACAUUAUCGAACCAGAACAAAAGAAUAGGAACGAAAUAUCUAAUGAACUUGUAACAGAGAGUUCAAGAAUUAUUUCACCAACAACAAUAUCUUCCAAUAAGUGUAUCAAUAAGGACUUUGUCAAUUGUAUAUUCUUGCCACAUGAACUCUUAAGACAAAGCAAUCAUGAUCCAUUGUUAGAAAAAUUGCGAGAAGCGAAGAAGAUUUAUUUUGAAUUGAAAGAGAGAUAUAAAAAAGGCAAAGUAGCGAAACAAGAGUUGUCAAAAUGUCGGUCCAAUGUGCUUCAGCUACAAACAGAUUUUAAAAAGGAAGUGCUGAGGUUAAAACAAAUUGUUAUUGAAGAAAAAAAUGCAGUGACGAGAUAAUUGUGCAAAUAUAUAAAUGAA